AUGAAUACGACAUCGACUAUCAUCGAAGAAAAUUGGUUUAACGAUAUACAAUUUGGUAAUAAAGGUGCUGUUUUAUUUAUGUUAGCUUAUAUUGGUUUUUAUGGUCUUGGAAUAAUAUGUUUACUUGGUCACCAAUUAAAAGAAACACAAAGAGGUCGACAUGAAUUACCUGCUUAUUUUCUAAAAACACUUUGGGAUGUACCAAAUAAAAAUAAACUUUAUCAAGAAUUAUCUGAUGUUGAACGUUUAAAACGUAUAUUCAAUGCAUAUUUUUCUGAUCAUGAAACAUAUAUAACUACAAAACAUGUUGAUCUUCAAGCAAUGGUUGAAGAACGUGCAAAUGCAUGUGCUUUAAGAUAUCGACAAAAAUUACGACGUCUUCAUUUAUCUCAUACAGACUAUUAUCUAGAUACAAUUCCACGUUUAACUCAUACUAAUACACAAGAACAACUUUCAAUACCAACUGUAUUGACACGAACAACUACAAGAAAUACUACAAUUGAUGAUAUAGAUAAGGAAACUAAUAAUAUUAUGUUUUUAUCAAUUUCUGUUGUAUAA